AGAUUACAUUAAUUAGCAUUGAAUUAGUUGAUAAGAAAACAAACCUUUAAAGUAUGAAAAUAAGCACCUAUAUACCGUGCUCGGGCGGAUCGGGAAAACCCUUUCAAAUAUAAGAACGAUAAAGGUUCGAUAAAGCUGCCAAAUUCGAAACGUCACUGGUACAAUUUCUCCUCCUCACCACGCAAACGCGAUAAAGAGUUCAAAGAUUACGCAAAUUGUUGUUUCGAACGAAGGCAGCAACAUACCGAAAGAUGCGAUACGAUUUAGCGCGUACUAUGCUAGCGGGAAAAUUCGUUUUCGGCGUGGCGGCAAUGUGUGUGUUCGUUUUCGCUUUUGGUGACGACGAAACGACAGAAGUUUUCGAGGAUGACGUCAGAAGCGGACUUUUUGCAGACGCCGUGGACCUCGACACGACCGAGUUCGACCCCCGUGGCCUAAACGCCACCAAUGAGACGCUCAGAUUUGCAACCGUGUGCGAAACUCCCAACCACGACCCGGGUUACUGCGUGGAGCUAUCUCAGUGCUACGUGCUAGCUAAACAAAUCGCCAACAAAAAGGCGGCGGAUUUUCUUAAAGCUUCCAGGUGCGGGCCGGAAAACGAAGACCAAACCGACCCUAAAGUGUGCUGCGGGAAGUACAACAACUUCAGAAAUGUUAGCACGCACAUCGUGGAAGACAACAAAAUUUUCCCGAAAAAAUGCGGGACCCAAAAGACAAUGAUGAGAGGCCGAAUCGUGGGUGGGAAAGAAGCGCAACUUGGAGAAUACCCCUGGAUGGUGCGAUUGAUCCACAAGAACGAUUACGGAUACAAAACCUACGGUUGUUCCGGGUUCUUGGUCCAUACCAAGUACGUAGUCACGGCAGCUCACUGUAUAAAGUCGAAUUUUUCACAAAUACGAGGACCGCUGUUUCAAGUCGCGAUCGGAGAACACAAUACUGAAACAAAAAUCGACUGCUCACCUGGAGGAACUUUCUGCGCGGACCCUGUACAAUACAGUCGUAUUAGCAAAAUCGUUGUUCAUCCGAAAUACGACAAGGAUUCGAAGGAUCACCACGAUGACAUCGCGUUGAUACACCUAAAAAAGGCUGCAAGGCUAUCAGAAUACGUACAACCCAUAUGUUUGCUGACCAACAGUAAUGAAGAGGUAAAGAAAUAUUAUCUCAGCGGUUGGGGAAAGACUGAAACUAAAGACAGCAGUCCAAUCAAGCUAAAGGUGGACAUAAAUCCAUUCAGCAUGUCCGAAUGCAAAGAGAAAUUUUCUUUCCUGGAUUUGGAGGUCGACGAGACUCAAGUGUGCGCGGGUGGUGAAAAAAUGAAAGACAGUUGCAACGGAGAUUCCGGAGGGCCACUCAUGAUGACCCCAAAUGGGACAGUCUAUUACGCUGCAGGGUUAGUGAGUUAUGGGAUUGGCUGUGGACUCCAGGGUUGGCCUGGGGUUUACACUAGCAUUCCCAGUUACGUCGAUUGGAUUAAGACUCAAAUUUUAGCAACAAGUAUGACCACUAAAAACAGUAAAUUGAAGAAGAGGAACAGAAAGAAACACGCGAUUAAUACCUAGGAAAUUGUUAAUUCGGUCAAUUGAGUAUAAUUCUGAAUGUAAUUACAUUAAUUAUUAAGGUGCUAUCUUCUUGGUGUUGAUUAUAGAGCUGGAGCGUUCACAAUGCUAAGUACACGUAGUUCUAUUCAUGUGUAUAUAUACUAAUAUGUCUUAGAUAAUAUUUAAAUAGAGGUCGAAAUAUUUGUUGUAUCAUUUGAUUCAAUAAAAAUACAUUUAACUGCA